UCUAGGCUUUCGUCAGUGUCUUUGGUGGGUCCCGUGUUUUUGCCAUGCUGCCAAUACGCUCAAGAGGGAGGUCGCUGCUAUUGCCGCUGAUCCUGGCCGCUUCAAUUGUGCGGCUAAGCUUUGUCGCCCCACAGGCACAGAAGAUCCAGAAGAACCCACAUUGGAUGACAGGUGCGAUCUUAGCCAUCCCUACAUGGGCGCACGCAGAAGCCGCAGGCGAGGAAGAGCUUGGAGCGGGUGGCUACAUCAAAUGGGGGCUGGAGCAGCAGGCUUUUGCUGCCGUGUUCUUUGUCAUUUUCCCCUUUGGCGUGCUCUACCUCCUGUUCUCCGGCCGUUUCGGUUGGUGGAACUACGGCUUGGAUGGCAAAGAGCUAACGGCCAAGGAAUACAAAGAAGCCAACAAAGUGGACAAGCCAACCUGGGGCAGAUUUCCAUGGGAGCUUGAAAGUGACCUCUACAAGAAGUGAGGCUCAGACAGGCAAAGAAAUCCUGGUCUCAGUCAAGGGAGAUUGGAUCUCCACUGACUACAAAUCAAAUUGGCGCAAGGAUUUUUUUUGUGAGUGCUUAAAA